AUGAAGCCAAAUACAUUUCGCCAUUUAUGUGUAGAUUUAGAAACCAAGUAUGGUUUGAGAGCUUCGAAUAGGGUCUCAACUAUAGAGAAACUUGGUAUAUUUGUAUAUGUGCUUAGUAAGGGUGCUUCUAAUAGAGAUACUCAAGAACGCUUUCAAUAUUCCGGUGAAACUAUGAGUAGAAUUAUUAAAGAAGUGUUGAAUGCCAUGGAUGGAUUCUCAAGAGAUAUGCUUGUACCAAAAGAUCACGAGUUCAAGGAGAUACCACCACAAAUUGCUAAUGAUAAUAGAUAUAUGCCACAUUUUAAAAAUUGCAUUGGAGCUAUUGAUGGCACACAUAUUGCAAUAACUAUAAGAGAGGAAGAUCAAAUGAGAUAUAGAGGAAGGAAAGGGAUUCCAACUACCAAUGUCUUAGCAGCGUGUGACUUUGAUUUGUUAUUCACGGAUGUUUUAACAGGAUGGGAGGGAUCAACACAUGAUGCUCGCAUUUUUCUUGAUACGAUUAGUAAUCCAAGUCUCAAGUUCCCUAAGCCACCACAAGGGAAGUAUUACUUAGUGGAUAAAGGCUUCCCGGAAAGAAAUGGAUAUUUAACACCUUACUCCAAUACUAGAUAUCAUCAAUCAGAGUUUCGUGGAGCAAACCCAAGGGGAUCUCAAGAAGUAUUUAAUCAAGCUCAUUCAUCUUUAAGAAGUUGCAUUGAGAGGGCUCGGUGGAAGAUAUUGUUCUUUAAGAAGUUGCAUUGA